AGAGAGAGGGGUAGCUGGCUAUCGCGGUGCGCGCCGAACCAGAACAAUUACCAUUACAAUUACAAUUACAAUUGCAAUUACAAUUACAAUCGAAUUAGUCUGAGAUGGAGGCAACACGAACACCAGCGGCAGCGGGUUCGGAUCCUGUGGUGGAGGAGGAGGAGGAGGAUGAUUCUUCCUCCACAGUCCUCGACCUCACCAGCUUCCAGCUCCACGAUCUCGAGUCAGUCGAGUUGCCCCUGAGUCUCACUGAGUUGGACCUCACUGCGAACCGUUUGUCCAGCUUGGACUCUCGGAUUGGGACCCUCUCCAACCUCAAAAAGCUCUCGUUCCGCCAAAACCUAAUCCACGAUAACGCCCUCGAACCCAUCUCUCGUUGGGACGCCUUGUCGGCUCUCGAGGAACUGGUGCUUAGGGAUAAUAAGCUGAUGAAAAUUCCUGAUGUCAGUAUAUUUAAGAAGCUUCUGGUUUUCGAUGUUUCUUUCAAUGAAAUUACUUCCUUACAUGGGCUGUGCAAGGUCUCCAACACACUCAAGGAACUCUAUGUAUCCAAAAAUCAAGUUAGCAAAAUAGAGGAGAUUGACCACUUCUAUGAUCUGCUCAUUCUCGAACUUGGCUGCAACAGAGUACGGGUAAUGGAGAACUUUCAGAACUUAACAAAUUUACAGGAGUUAUGGCUGGGACGAAAUCGCAUCAAAGUAGUAAACCUAUGUGGUUUAAAAUGCAUCAAGAAGAUUAGCUUGCAAAGCAAUCGUUUAACUUCUACGAGAGGAUUUGAGGAUUGUGUUGCCCUUGAAGAACUAUACUUGAGCCAUAAUGGUAUUGCUAAGAUGGAAGGCCUAUCAUCUUUAGUCAACCUCCGGGUUUUGGAUGUAUCAUCAAAUAAGAUAACACAAGUGAAUGACAUUCAAAACCUGACACAGUUAGAAGAUCUAUGGCUUAAUGACAAUCAAAUAGAAUCAUUUGAAGACCUUGCUGAGGCUGUUGCUGGUUCAAAAGAGAAGCUCACCACUAUCUACUUAGAGAACAAUCCAUGUGGCAAGACUCAAAACUAUUCUGCCACACUGAGAGGAAUCUUCCCAAACAUCCAACAAAUUGAUUCUGAUGUAUUUGCUUAAAAGGGUUUUAAUGGAAUGUUGCUGCCUUCAGCUAAUAGGUUGAGUGUUCACCAAUCAGGCUUGCAGGCAAAAUGAGGUUUCAGAGGUUACUUAAAAGGAAUAGUGGUUUGAUAGGAACACCCUUGAUACAGGGAAUUGUAUACUGAUCAAGCAUGGGAUAUUCUAGACUCAUAUGCUUGCUCAUUGGUUAUGAGGCAUAUAAGAUGCUUUUAACUAAUGUUUCUUGAGACCACCUUCUUCUUCCUCAUUUCCUACUGGUCAACUUUUGAGUUUAAAGUAAAUUUGUUUCUUUGUUAUGGUUGUUUUUAGCAACUUUUUUUAGUUAUUCUGUUAUGGACGAGGAUGUAUGAUGAAAUGCUCUGACCGCAUAAAGAUGUAAUUAGUAUUCGAAACUUCAUUUGGAGGAUCUAUAAAGAUUUAUUUAACACCGGUUCCAGAA